UCUACAAAUAUGAGUUUGUUUACAUUCCAUCCCAUCUCACCUUCUUCUUCUCUCCUUUGCUAUAUUUCUCAUCCCUUGCUAAAGUUUUAGUAAGUUCAAUGAGGCUGACUCUCAAAUUCACCUGCCUCCUCUCUCUUUUCGUCCUUCUGCCUUCACUUUAUAGCUCCCUUGACACCUUUACCUCCUCCAGAGCAACUUAUUAUGGCAGCCCAGAUGGCUUAGGGACUCCAAGUGGAGCAUGUGGCUUUGGUGAAUAUGGAAGAAAGAUCAACAGUGGCAAUGUAGGGGCCGUGGCCAAGCUAUACAGGAAUGGCAUUGGAUGUGGUGCAUGUUACCAAGUCAGGUGUACUCAGCCACAGCUCUGCACCAAGGAUGGGGUGAAGAUCUUGGUAACUGACCAUGGUCAAGGUGACAACACCGACUUCAUUCUCAGUUCUCAUGGCUUCAAGGAGUUGGCUCGCCCGACUAUGACCACAGAACUGAUGGCCCUUGGCGUAGUUGACAUAGAAUAUAGAAGGGUUUCAUGCAAAUACCCAGGACACAACCUUACAUUGAAGGUCGAUGAGAAUAGCAAGUUCCCAGACUACCUAGCCAUCAUCAUCUUGUACCAAGGUGGCCAAAAGGACAUAACAGCCAUCCAGCUGUGGCAGGACAAUGUUAAGGAAUGGAGGGCGAUGCGUAGGGCUUAUGGUGGUGUAUGGGAUAUGGCCAACCCUCCAGAAGGUGCACUUAAUCUGAGGUUCCUGGCGAGUGGAAAGUGGGUCCAGCUGAAGAAUGUGAUCCCCAGUGAUUGGAAGGCUGGAAUGGCCUAUGACUCACACUUUCAGCUAUUAUAAUCUCAAUAUAUAUUUAAGCAUAAACACAACGAAGUGGGCCACCUUACUUAAGAACCGUUGUUUUUGUUAAUUAAAAAGUUAUAUUUUUAUCAAUGGCCCACUUUUAAGCAGUU